AUGAAAGGCUUGGUUUGCACUAAGGCGGCUUCGAACCCUCGACCGUGUGGCUACAGCGGACCUCUAACCGACUGCGCCACACCCGCCUCAGUUUGCAGUCAUGCCAGGGGAAAUGUAGAAGAUCAUGUCAGAAAUCCCCCUCCUCAUCCAAACGCUGCCUUCAAGCUUAGCCUAGACUUCGCUCCCAUCGGCAGUACCCCGCAGAGCUCGAGCUUGGCGUCGCUGUCCCUGGUGUUGGAGGCGUUGCGUCCUAUGCCUCCUUGCUCGGGCGGUGCCCAGUGGAUAGGAUCUCCUCUGUAUGCUCUAGGCGUCAGCUUUUAUGUGGCCAGCCGUGAGACUCUUUUCUACGUCUCACCUGCUAAUACCGUGAUGGAAAGCGAUGUGAAAACCCGUCGUCAAACGAGGGAACUCGAAUUACAUGGCGUAAAACAACCGCUGCUUUUCUUGGAAAACUAUAAGCGCGGUGUCGGUAGCAUGUCAAGUUCUGCUCGUAAUCAUAACAACAGAUUCCAAAUCAAAAAGGAAAACCUAGGCAGCGAAAGCAGCACCCACACAAUGACUACGCGUCAGAGAACAAAGGAGGUAAAAAGUGCAGCCAAAGGAGAUAAGUCGUUGAAGAGGACGGAGACACCGAAGACACCGAAAACAUCACGUGCUGUCACAACAUCCGUUCGCAAGCAUAGAACGCUGAAAGCGAUAGAACCUGGAGCACACAAACGAGCUAUAGUAAAAGGUGUCACUCGAAAAACUGCUAUUCAUCGUACGGGUCACACGCCGAAGUAUUCUACUCCAAAGAACCGAUCAGUUCAUCAGUACAAAAAGUUAGGUGGUACGUCAAGUUAUGUGAGUUAUCCCACAGACGUGAGGUAUACGUUCCCCAUUCCUGAUCAUCUGAUAAGCGGUCUAGGUGGAAAUGCGAAGAAGCGUGCUGCAAAGACGGAUCCUGGAUCAAAGAAGCACUCUCCAAAGCGAAGCCCUCCUUCACUCUCGGCUAGUGAGGAGGAGCGCGGUAUGGUACCGUCAUUCUCUGCCGAUGUUAAUCCGAGCUUCGACAACGAUACAAAGGACAACCGUAUAGUGACACCGGCAAUUCUUACAGAGAGAAAAAGGCGUCUGGUAGCACUAUUCGACUCACUGUUGCCUGCUGAAUUGUUUGAUGGUCGAAUGGACAUUGAGGAGAUGGAGAAUAUGAUCAGAUCUUUCGCGGAGAAUCUCAUGUCUGACAGGAAACAACCGAAUAUUCUUAGACUACCUACCAAUAACAGUAACAUCCCUUCUAAUCAAGCAGUUGUGCCUGCCGACUUAUUCGGUCAUGAGAUUCGCCACCCGCAGGAUCCUGGAGCCAAUUCAUUCGGAAACGUUCGCAUGGUGUCGGAAGGAAGACAGGAAAAUUACGGUCUUGGAGCUUUUCAGGACGCCAACAUCAGCGCGCUUCUGCCAAACACACCAGUCUAUUCUGCGGCUCGCCUUCGCAAUCUGGUACACAAAAAUGGUACUGCAAUGACCGAGAGAAAACAUACAGAAAUUGUUCCAGUUGAAAAGCUGGAACCGCACCAACUCCAGUUGCUGAAGGAAAAAGGGUUUCGUCUAGUUAAACUCGAUGUUCCGACAGAUCAAACAUCUCUCACGAAGAUGCAACGUUUGGCUUUUGCCGACAUGUGCGAUGAAAAAAAAGUGGAAGUGGAGAGUAUUGAAUACUGA